GUUAUUAAUAUGUUUGCUGAAAACUGUUUUACAUUGUAUAAGAACACGCUUAAAAAAUUGUAAGCAAACAAACACUGAUAGUAUUACAACACACAUGGUCCUCUCACUUUGAUCUCGCCAUUUCAAGUUACUUUCUAUACGAUGUUGUGGACGUCUGUCAGCCAAUUAGACACAAGGACAGCCGGAUUAAACCGCUAGUGUGUACCGCCAUCACCAUGUAUUCACGGAAUUUCCACGUGUUAAUAUUAGAUCCGCAAUAUUUCUAUUACUAAGAUGACCGAUAUAUCCACAUAUAUCACCUGAAUUAACAAUAUAUUCACGUGUUAAAGUUCUUCAGCUAUAUGGUACCGAACAGGGUGUUACAAAAACAGUGGAAUUUUUUGACAUCACAAAUAAUAAUAUAUUUUAUGCGGAUAAUAACAACUGUUGGUGGAUUAUUCAUCGAUUUAUUGCAUAAUACCUUGAGCAUAUAUAAUACCACAGUUUAAUAUAAAUUCCGUUUUUUUUUGUCCCUGUUUACGAAUAAGUAACUGGUCAGCCGGUUAAUAUAUAGUAUACUGUGAGAGUAAUGCCCAUCUCCUCUGAAUGUCCAUACAGUAUUUACAGUCAGCUGUCAUCUCUGACCGCACCAUAAAACGUGUCAUUUUCGACAGUAAUACAGAGACUUUAUUAGAUGGCAUUUCCAAUGCACAAAAGGAAAAGCUGUCGUUUCCAAACUUUUUUAGCUGCGCCCCAUAAAGUAGCUGUUGGCAGUACUAAAAUGUUAAUCCUCGGAGUUUAGUGCCGAUCGGCGCGCGAGUGUCCUCAGAUAAAUAGCCGAAAGCUGCCACUUCAGGUACUCCCAACAAAGAGAUUUGAAGACCGAGGACUUCCUCAGUUUAGAUGGUUUCCAUCGUGAUGAGGUACGUUUUUCUGUCAUGUGUUCUUUUCCACGUGAUCGCCUACGUCACAGCAGCCUCAGUAAAGGCCAACUGUGGGAACCACACGCACGGCGAUAACUGGAACCAUGAUACCCUCACCUGUCUGACUUACAGGUGUAGAGAUGGGACCAUCUACCCCAAAUAUACAGGUUGUGUUAAGAAUGACAAGUGCUACGAUGUUGACCAGAAGUGGCAAAAAGACUGCAGUAAGUUCCAGUGUGUCUCGUACAAGAAAGGAAAUAUGACCUUCUUCGAAACCAAACUUGACAUGCAGUGUACAGUGGAGCGGACUGGUAAAAAGAGCACGUGUAAGCCGAAUGGCGCUAAAUGGAAGGAUAACUGUGAUUACAAGCGAUGCGAUGUUACUACCAGCCAAGGUUACAAGGCUGGCAAUAUGCAGUAUUCCGCUCAGGUGAUCAACGUCAAACAAGGAUGCAAGGUGGGGAGGAAGUGCUACUACGACGGAGAUCAGUGGUUCAAGAAAUGUGUGUGGUACACGUGUAAAGUAACCCCCCUCUACACCAAGGCUGUCAGCGUUCCAGGUUGUACCCAUAAGAAAAAGUGUUACAAGGUUGGAAGUUCAGAUCGUACAAAAACAAGUAUGGCUGUUACAAAUACCUGUGUAAACAGACCGAUCAAACAGUUGGAUGGUCAAUCUUCUCAAGUGCCUGUAACUAUAAGGGAAAGUGCAGGGAGAGUCAGUCCACCUGGAGAGAGGACGCUUCCUGUAUGGAGAAGACAUGUGUGAGCACUACAGACAAGGGUGCACAGAGACUGUUUAUAGACGAGAAACCGUUCGGUUGUAAAGACGGAAAUAUCUGCAAGGACUUCGGAAGUACUUGGAUGGACGGUAACUGUUCCCUGCACAAGUGUAAUCUCAAUUACGGUUCUGCAUAUAACGAAGUUCUCAGGACCGUGUGUAAAGACAAGAAAGGGGUAUGUAAGGACUGGAACUCGGGUACGUUCGAAGGCGUAGUCAAGAAGGGCAACAGAAAGGCCGUUUUCAAGAACUGUAAAUGUCAGAAGGAUGGCAAGAUCGGGUCAAAGAUGACCUGUACAGAAAAGUCUAAACAAUAGUCCUGAUAAGUAAUGCCUUGUACGUGUUUGUAUGUUCAUUUGGUGCCACCUUGGAAUGUUAAGCGAAGCUUCCGAUAGUUAAAAUUAAUGGCGGAAUAGCGGCUAUGUAAGAUGGCCCUGUCGAUGUUAUGAAAUCCUGUAAAAGACCGGUACUUUAUUCCUCGGUAUACAUAUGCAUUCUGUUUGUUUCUACUGUCCGUGUAUUGUUCUGUUCUUGUGUUCUCUCAAUUAAAUUAAUUCUUGAAGGUCGUGUUUGUUCUGAUGUUUGUACAGGAAGAGAAUCGAACACGAAGGUUUCAAUGUGAUUUGACCAUAAAAUCGAUGAAAAUGCGGAAAUAUUAUGAAUAAGGAAACCUUUACACCAAAUCAUGGAGAAGUGUAAUACAUUCGGAAGUACAGCAUGUUGCACGUUGUAUUAGGCAGAAUUAUUGUUAUUUCUGAAAAAUAAAUUGAACGACGCGGUGAGGUUUGUGUUACCUAUCCUGAUGAAUUCAAUCUUAUUUGAAAACAGAAUGAAAUUAGCAACGUCUUUCUUGAAUCGGAAUUUUUCUGAGAUGAGAUAAAAUUAAUUUCAUUGAAAGUACCUUUUAAUAACAUGACUGAAAACUGAUAAAUUCUGAAAUAAGAAUAAUUUAGCGAAUGUUUAAGUAAACAAAUUGUUACAAUCUUAUUCAUUUUGUUAUAUUUACAUUCCUAAUGUGGUUUGCUGAUAUGAACAUACCAAGUGAAAACAACAAACAUAUGACCAUGAAUACACUAUGAAAACCGUAUGAAAACAUUGUCUCUCGUGCAAAUCACCUGAUUAAUCGGGUCAUAUUAAUACGCCAUCCAAAAAAUAGUCCGCCUUUCAAUUAUGACAAUAUUGUGUUUUUGUUGCAAUUUGUUCACAUAAAAUAAAUAUGAUUUGAAUUGAA